AUGGAUCCCCUGGGUGCCCCUUCCCAGUUUGUGGAUGUGGAAACGCUUCCAGCCUGGGGCAGCUCCUGUGAAGAUGAACUGAAUGCCCCAGACACAGCAGCUGAGAUGCCUCAGGAAGAGCCUAUUCGAUCACCUUUCCUUUAUAACAAAGAUAUUAAUGGAAAAGUGGUUCUUUGGAAAGGAGAUGUGGCAUUACUGAACUGUACAGCUAUUGUGAAUACCAGCAAUGAAAGUCUUACCGAUAAGAAUCCCGUGUCAGAGAGUAUCUUCAUGCUCGCAGGACCUGAUUUGAAGGAGGACCUCCAGAAACUUAAAGGUUGCCGGACAGGGGAAGCAAAAUUGACGAAAGGAUUUCAUUUAGCUGCUCGGUUCAUCAUUCACACCGUGGGACCGAAGUACAAGAGCCGGUACCGCACAGCCGCCGAGAGUUCCCUGUACAGCUGCUACAGAAACGUGCUCCAGUUGGCCAAAGAGCAGUCAAUGUCUUCUGUUGGGUUCUGUGUCAUCAAUUCUGCAAAACGAGGUUAUCCCUUAGAGGAUGCAACUCACAUAGCACUCCGCACCGUAAGGCGAUUCCUAGAGAUUCAUGGGGAAAGCAUUGAAAAAGUAGUAUUUGCUGUCUCUGAACUCGAAGAGGCUACUUACCAAAGGCUGCUACCUCUGUACUUCCCAAGGUCACUGAAGGAGGAGAGUCAGUCCUUGCCGUUCCUGCCCGCGGAUAUUGGAAAUGCAGAAGGGGAGCCCGUGGUACCGGAACGGCAGAUCAGGAUAAGUGAGAAGCCAGGGGCUCCAGAGGACAGCCAAGAAGAAGAAGACGAGGGCUUGGGCGUCGAUCUCUCUUUUAUUGGCUCCCAUGCUUUUUCUCGAAUGGAAGGAGAUAUUGACAAGCAGAGAAGAUUGAUCCUACAGGGCCAGUUGUCAGAGGCAGCCCUGCAGAAGCAGCACCAGCGGAAUUAUAAUCGCUGGUUAUGUCAAGCCCGAUCUGAGGAUCUGUCUGACAUUGCUUCUCUAAAAGCCUUAUACCAAACAGGUGUUGAUAACUGUGGCCGCACAGUGAUGGUGGUUGUCGGAAGAAACAUUCCUGUAACGCUAAUAGAUAUGGACAAGGCACUGUUAUACUUCAUUCAUGUCAUGGACCACAUUGCUGUGAAGGAAUAUGUGUUGGUCUAUUUCCACACACUGACCAGCGAGUACAAUCACCUGGACUCCGAGUUCCUGAAGAAACUCUACGACGUUGUUGAUGUCAAGUACAAGAGGAACUUGAAGGCUGUUUAUUUUGUUCAUCCAACAUUUCGCUCAAAGGUAUCAACAUGGUUUUUUACCACCUUUUCUGUCUCAGGACUGAAGGAUAAAAUCCACCAUGUGGACAGCCUGCACCAGCUCUUUUCUGCUAUAUCGCCAGAACAGAUCGACUUUCCUCCUUUCGUCCUUGAAUAUGAUGCCAGGGAAAAUGGGCCUUACUAUACAUCUUAUCCCCCAUCGCCAGAUUUGUGACCUGCCAUCUCUCAGUGCUGUUGAUUUCCAAGGAUGUGACUUUCUUCAUGAAUCACUAUCUAGUGAAGUGAUACUCAUUUUCGCUGUACAGACCCAGGGAGCCUUUUGUCCCCACCUCUCUGGUAUUUUUUUAUUGACUGUAUAUUUUCUGCCACAUAAGCAAUCUGAAUAUGGUAGGCCAUACUGAACUGCACACUUAUUUUAAAUUUGUAUAUUUGUAUCAAAUGAAAAAGAAAAACAUUCAUUUUUAAGAGAGUUGUUAAUAGAAGAUGGGGAACAAACUUUUCAGUAUCUUUACAGGACACUGGACUCUCCAUUAGACAAGCCACCGUUGUUUAUAUCAUCUCUGUGACAUUGCAUGCUUCUUUUGUGUACUCAAGUAUUUCUAAAUGUAUGUAUAUAUAUGUAUAUAUAUAUAUAUAUAUAUGUACACUUGCUGACUGGUUGUAUUGUUUGCUUCAAAUCCUAGCUUUAUAUUUUAAACAGCAAAUUUGGUUAUGACAAAUGAGAAUAAUCUAUUUUUUGAGUUUUUUUGUUUUGUUUUAUUUUUCUUUUGGGGUCAUGCCCUGCAGUGCUCAGGGCUUACUCCUGGCUUUGCACUCAGGGAUCACUCCCAGUGGGGCUUGGAGGAUCGUAUGUGGUGCUGGAGGUUGAACUCGGGUUGGCCACAUGUAACUAACUACCCACUGUACUAUCACUCUGGCCCCGAUAAAUGAGAAUCAUCUGGGACCAAGGAUAUGGCAAUGUAUCUGAUUGAAAACAUUAAAGCCAUUCGCAA